GAAUGUUUGGAGGGUCUUCUCUACAGGUACCACGCACAUCGGUGGAAUGUGGACGAUCUCAUGGGGGCCGCCUUACCACACCAUGACUCCCCCCUCUUCACAAAGCUUCUGCAGGGACUGCAUGUCGAGGGCAAACCGCUCUGGUCCUGGCUGGCGACCUUGAAGGCCAAGCCGGCGGCGCUGCUGCGGUCCGCCUUGGCCAAGUACUGCGCGAAGGACAUCGCCGUGCUGAUUUUUGUCGGGAAGGUGAUGGAGGAGAAUCUGAAGCUUCAGAAGCCCAAUCGUGCUUUGAUGACUUUCUACGCGGCGCUCUGGCUGGACACGCUGGCGCUCCAAGGGUCGCUGGCGCAGGAGCUGGUUCAGGCCCUCUUGCCCACCCUGAUGCUGAUGCUCCGGCGGCCGCUGCCCAAGGACGCCUUCCACGCCGGCCUCACCAUCGCGGGAGCGCUCUGCACCAAGGUGGAGCUGGAGGCCAGCGUGCAGAGCAAAAUCAUCCACUUCGCCGCCCGACAGGCGAAGGGAGCGGAGGGCCAGCCGGCAACGGCGCUGAUGGCGGCCGUCCUGCAGCUGCAGGCAGUGCAGAGCGUCGACAACGGGGCGGUGAAGGCUUUGGCCAAGCACGGCCCCGAGGAGCUGCUGGAAGCUUUGCCGCUUGGGGUGGACUGCGGGAACCUGCUGGCCAGUGUGGUGAAGGCCGGCCUGGGCCAACUUGCAGACCCAAACGAAGCCAGCGAGGAAAUAGAGGCCUUGAUCCUCGGCCUCCUCCGGGAUGCUCCGACGCUGCGGCGCUACGCCGCGCCGCUGAGCGCUGCGGUGCUCCAGGCUUUCGUCUCCGCGAUCGCGGGCAAGAGCUCUGCGAAGGAGCGGAAGCGCCUCACCAAGCUGUACCAGGAGCCAGUGCAGCUCCUCAGCGGCACGGUCCCUGCCGCGCUGGCCGAGGCCAUCCGUCGAGCGGUGGAUCAGGCCCUGGCUCUGGAGGUGGACACCGAGCCCUUGGUGAGGCUUCUGGCACCAGCCUGUGCCGCCGUGGAAGGCGAGGAGGGCGACAAGGAGGAGAAGCUGCUGCCGGCUGUGCAGGCCUUCCAGCAUAAGUCCGCGAAGGUCCGAUCCCGGGCGGUUCAGAGUGCCGUUGCCAAGCUUGGGGAGGACCAGGAGGAAGGCACGCAGGUCACACAAGAGCGGCGGCGCCUCAUGGCCAGCUUGGCUCUGCAAUCUCUGGAUGACGAGAGCGUGGAGGUGGUGGCCGUGGCGCUGAAGCAAGAGACCUUGUGGACCUCCUCCGAGGUGGCUCCAAGCACGGCCGCUGACGUGCUGAGCGCAGCCUUGCGCAGGCUGCUCCGCCAUGGUCCCAAGGGGAAGCCGAAGACUCUCCAAGAGCUCUUCCGGUCCUUGCUGCAAGAGGACCCGCGCGUGCGGGCCCUCUUCCCGCUGAUGAUCCAAGCGUCCGCCUGGGUCUAUGGCCGCGAGGACGCAGCAGAGGAGCGGAGGAGGCUGGAUGCCCUGCUCUUUCCUCCUCUCCUUCUAGCCUUCGCCGGCCUGGAUGCUGCAGAGGAGGUCGCUGGACCGCUCCUUCGAUUGGAAGAGGCAGCUGCCGAGUUCUGCAAGGUGUCCGAGGAGCCGCUGCUGCAGGGCGACAGGGCAGCAGAGGCCGACGAAGGCUGUGGCCCGCGGAUCAGCGCAGUGGCUCAGGCCGCAGAUGAGGAAGCCUGCGAGCGCCUAGCUGACUUGGCUGGUGCGCAAGCCGAGGUGCAGCUCGCAGGCCUCGGCAGCCAGGUGGCGGCGGCUUCGGCGCUGGCCGCGGCCCUGCAGCGCCAGAAGGCACAGAAGCUGGUGCUUCGCAGCGCGGCGGCCUGCCAAAGGCUUGCGAAGCAUCUCGUGGCGAGCUCCCUGACCUCCGACUUGCUCAAGCCACUCUGGAAGGCCUGCCUGGAAGCCGCCGCCUCGCCCGUGGGCUCCUCCUCGCGGCGGAAGAGUGGCAAGAGCUCCCUGAAUGGCGCAGGCUCCGCAGAGGCGGCGACGCUGCUCUUGGAGGUGGCUCUGAUGCGCCCCAAGGCCUUCGCAGGCGAUCUGCAUGCAAGCCUCACCUGCGGCGCGGCGGCGCUGAGACCCGUGCCUCGGCUAAGCACGCGAAGGACUGUCAACCAUGACUUUGUUUUUUUUCAGCAGGCGUCGGGUUUCGUCUCUCUGAAUUCUGUGCCCAAGUCCAGCCUGUUGGGCAAAGAGGCACUCUUCGACUACCAGUCCGGGCUUGCAACGGGUGAUUACAGGACCUCCGACAAAAAGGUAUACCUUCGCCCGCCCGGCAUCCGAGCCAACGCGCUGCUGCUCCUUCGGAGCCUCCUCGUGAACGGCUGGGCUGCCGUGCUGCUCUCGGAUCAAAUGAUGCUGGUUCUCAUCCUUUCCCGCCUCUCGUCCACGGAGGAGAAGCAAGUUCGAGCUGCAUCGGUGGCCGUCCUCGAGAGCCUUCAGGCGGCCUCGCUGCAGGAUGACUCAGUGGACACCUUGGUGGAGGCUAAGCUCCUGCUGCCCACGGCAUCCGUUGCACCAGAAAAGGCGAUCGGCUCGUGGCUGCCGCUCAGCUUCUUUUUCUGGGCGGCGGUCUUUGGCGCCUUCAUCACUAACAGGGUUCUUCGCAUUCUCAAUGUGCCAAUCACGGACACCUCCUUACGGUCCUUUGCAGCUCCCCUGCUGCGCGCCUGCGCCACGGAUGCUGUCUGUGCCGACCUGCAGCCAAACACCGUGAAUCCCUUGCCUCCCACAUUUUGGAAUGCAAGAGGCUUCGAUCUGCAGUACCAGCUGCAGUCCUCCUGGAAGACCAUGGCCCAUGAGAGCCAAAGCUUGAAAUGUGAGCUCAAGGAGUUUUGGCAAGACACAGACUAUGGCACGCACAUAGAAGAGGAGGGUGUGUGCAAUCUGACAUGCGCGCAAUAUGAGGGCCCUGACCGAGCAAAACUCUACGUUGAGAUUGCCCUUGAAACAGCCGGUGUUGUGCCAGCCAUCGUGAUACAAGGCAUUUUGCCGCGUUCCUUACGGCUAUUCCUGGAGGUGUUUGUUGCCUUCUGGCUCAUGUACUUCACACAACAGUUUCGACAUUCUCAUCGGCACGUGCCA